UACUGCACCGACCAAUCGAAACCCGGACUUGGGCCAAGUCUAGCAACCGUACAGUCUCAUGUCCGGCAGGAAAGCUCGCAGUUAUCAAAGAUAUAACACUGCAGUGCUUUAAUUGAUUUCUGGCAUGGUCACUGUGCAGGCCACAUGUUUCACCCUGGCCGCCAUGACAGUUGACCGUUACUAUCUCAUCGUGCACGCGGUCAAGUCGCGCAACACUAGAACAGUGACGAAAGCCGUCAUCAUCAACGUAGCCAUCUGGAUAUUCUCAUCCUUGAUCCACCUUGCUACAUUUGUCUUCGCUUACCUGUCUAAAGAUGGCCACUGUGAAAGUAGCUUUCCGAAUCCCGAAAUCAGUGGAAAAGUCUACGGCAUGUUCUCCUUGUUGGCAAUGUACAUCGUGCCCUUGAUGGGGAUCAUGUUCUGCUACGCACAAAUCCUGAUUCAGAUCUGGCGGAAGACGUCGGGAGGGACGGAGAGUGCGCAGGCCCACACAAGGGCGCUCCGCAGGAAGAGGAAAAUCACCAGAAUGGUCUUCAUCGUCGUGGUACUCUUCGCCUUCUGCUGGGCACCUAUCCAAAUGUUCACCGUGUGGGCCAGAUUCAACGGUGACCAAGUGACCAACGCCAACCCGGCGGUUCUGAUGAACAUCCAUGGGUUCUUCUUGUGCCUAGCCUACGCCAACAGUUGCGUCAACCCUUUUGUUUACGCGUUCACGACGACGAGCUUUAGGAAGUACUUUCGGAAAAUGUUCGCGACUUGUUUCAGGGGCGCUUACAAAGAGCGUACGAGCAUCAGCAUUAGCAUGACCACCAAAACGGAGCGCCUUCCACCUGGGGAGGAAGAUUCCUCAAUUUAAAAUCUGGACGGUUAACAGAAAGCAAUGAUUGCUUAAUCGUGACAAGGGAAUGUGCAAAUCCAUGCAGAGAGACUGCAGUGAAGCAGCGGUAUAUAGCUAAAGGAUCUUCAUGAAUAUAACAAAGUGUUGCCGUUCACGGAAAUAAUCUCAGCGAUUCAGAAUUGUGCUUAACGGUGGGAAGAGCAUUUUGAAAGGAGAACAUCUCCAAAAUCAGAAAAUCGCGAGAGGCAGGUUGGCUUAAGUGUCACGCUGGAGUUGAAAUCUUCCUGUAUUCGCACCACCUUCGGAGCUACGAUGGAAAUGUUUUCCACAUUAUUUGGUAUUUUCAUGUUAAAAACAUUGUCGCACAUUUGACAAUAAAUUCUAAUUUUAAUAGUUGUAGUACACUUGGGGCAAAUUAAUGAUGUUUAGUCUAAUUUAUGUUUCGAUGGUCCAAGGCAAAGAAUCUAUUUUGUCUUGAAGUGCACAAUAUUUACCUUUGAAGUGCAAGUAAGAAAUUAAAGGAAAAUUAUUUUUGUGCGAUUUCUUAACUUAUAUAGAUCAAAGGACGAUUUUCCAUUCGUUUUAUUGAGCAUCAUGUCAAUAUAACUCAAUAAUAUCGAAACUGCUUAUGUUGUGCUUAUGUUUUUUUGAAAGGUUACUAACGAAUUAUUGAGUGAUUAUUGAUAUCAACAAGGUAAUAUUGUUUGUAUUUAAGUAACUUUGCACCACAAUUUAUUUUUAUAUGGAAGAAUUAUAUGGAAGAAUCAUAUGAAAGAAGGUGGGAAUAUUUAGGCCCUAAACACGAUUUAUUUAUUGGUUUUCAUUUCAAGUUUAAGAACAAAAGUAACUUCCCGUCGCUAAAUUCGUAUGAAAAAAAGAGUACGCGUUGUUAAAACUGCACUCAACUUCGACGUGCCAUCCUGUGUAAUCUGUAUAGGGACAAAUCAUAUUAUAAUAUGUAAAGUACAUUGUAAAUUUCGCGCGUCCUGAUCAGUUGACUAGCUUUGUCAGUGAUUCCUCCUUUAGUGGUAUAAAAUAUACACCGCUAUGUAUGUAAAUAUUUAUCUUCAAAACAAGUGCUUUGUAAAAAAAAAAUCGUUUGACUGACACUUGGACGAAACGAGACACCGCCGUGUACAGAUUAUCGUUAAUGUAUUCAGUUGUUCUAUUGCAAGUGGUGUCAUGUGUUGGACUGUAUCGUUACGCAUAAGUAGAUGUUGUCAAUCCUAAAUGCUACACUUCGAGGUGCUGGAUAAAAAAAAAACACUGGCACAGUAUUUACUAUAUAUUCGCUGCUCCUUAAUCUGGAAUUUGAACGCAUGUUUUCUGUGUGGGUGUUUUCUGUGGUGGCGCUUAAUUUAAACCCAUUUCAUUCCAACAUUCUGUCCAGGCAUCGCGUUGACCAAAAAAUAGGCACCGUGUCUGUGAAAUAUGAUCUUAUUUUUAAACGUGGGACCAAUGGUAAGAAUCUAUUAUUAACUGUAUCAGGCGUAGCUGGGUUUAUACAGGUCGGAUCAUGACUGUAAUGAACAACGUUUAAUGACGCUUGCAUGUAGAAUCAUUUUCAUUUAUCCCAGAAGUAACCUUUCGAAUUAUUAAAGAUCGUACUGGUACCAAAUACCCAGUGAAUUUUAGAAGAAAUCAAGAAAUGAA